CACCAUACUGUACAUUGUUUCAUGACAUUGGACCACAGUUUACAGAUUCCCUUUCCCAUUCUUUUGGUCAUUUACCAUUAAGAAAUACUUUAAUUACGGGGCAUAAUGAGACAAACCGUGCUCAUGGUUUCCUGCUGUGCUCCUUGAGCAUUAUGCAGAGGGCCCAUCUCUAAUAGAGAAAUAGGUUUUGUGCCCUCCUUGUACUAGUCCCUUGCAUGCUGGGCUAGUUCAGACCCCUUCCCCUGAAGAAAUAUGGUGAAGGUUCCCUCUUUGCUUGACCUAUGUAUCCAGAAUGCUAUAGACAACAUCAAGUAUUUGGGGGAUGUUGGGGAAACAGAUUUGAACAUCUUGAAGCUUAUUUUGACCCAUUGUACAGCUGACCAACUGAUGCACAUUGAGAAAUGCUCAGAAGGGAGAGAUUUGAGCCCAGUAACCGACAGUUUGUGGAAAACGUUUUACGAGCAGCACUUUGGCACAGAGAGUGCCAAUAUAGUCAUCAAAAGGAUGAAGCAAAAAGGAAGAUAUUUUAAGUGGAAAUUGCUCUAUCAGGCAAAACUGAAGGAGAGAGAUGAAGCUCAGAAGAAAUCAGUGGAUAGAAUGAAACAACUUUAUGCGGAAGAGAGUAAUAGAAAACAAAGCCGUCAGAUUCAACUAUGUUCCAAGGUUCCUCCUGCAAGCAAAAAACGGAGCUUUUGUGGAGGAAGUGGUUCAUGCAAUAGCUUAUCCAAUGUAAAGGGCAACCUGAUGAAGAAAGCAAGGAUGGAGUAUCUUAAUAGCCAUGAAGUUAAAAUGCAUACAGUUAUGAGGAGACAAGCAACGCAGAGGAGUUCUACAUCAAGUUUUUUGCGGUCCACGAAAACAAGUGGUUUUAUGGGAAGUGGCUCCUCAACAUCCAAUUCCAAGGUUCCUAAGCUACCCAGAAGAGCAUAGUGAGCAUGCCCUGCUUUCCGGUUUUACAUGGCAGGCGAUGUGGAAGUAAGAAAUUCUUAGCAACGGCAUCAAUGAUCAGAGAUGCCUGCAUGUACACCUCUUCAUGAUUUUUUAUCUUCUUCCCAUGAUGUAGAAUGGAGAACGAUUGGGCAGAUAACACAUGUAAUAUUUCUACUUGAUGCUGCAACAAUGAUUUUCUACGUACCGCAAAUCUUUUUUCUUCUCUC